AUGCUUUUUAUUUUACUACAAAUAUAAAACAUCCUUUGCGGUACUUUAUGGCCAACCUCUGAUGCCAUUACAUUAUCAAUUUCAAAUCGAUAUGAAUAUGCUGAUUACACUUUCAAGAUGAUUCCAGAAUCAGCUAUUCCUGUUGGAGGUGAAUUAUAAAUCAUCUUCCCAUCUUAAUAUCUCUCUGGAUUGGGCAUAGAUCUAGUUUUAGAUGAUACCUGCUCACAUGUUUGCUCAAUUAGUGGAUACUUAGUACGCUUUUAUAUGGAAAAUGACAUUCUAAUCAAUGAGACCAUUACUGUCAAAAUUAAUAAUGUAAAGAACCCAGAAAGAAAAGGCGGAACAGGAAAUUUCAUUGUUAGGUCCAAACUUGGAUAGAAUGUUUUCGAUGAAAACUUGAUUUUUGGAACUGUUGGUAUAGCUGAUUAUGCACUUGAUUUGAAUUCCAUGAUAAUUAAAAUAGAUGAGAAUAGCACAAAUAUUGUUAAUGAAAUAGCCUUAUAUAAUUUUUAUAUCAAACCACCAAUUGACUUACCUUAAGGAUUUUAUUUAUAAAUUACUAGUCCUUUGACUAGUGAUUUGACUACAUGUAAAUUAAUUCCAUUUAAUUCAAUAACCCUAAGUGGUGAAAUUAAAUGUGAAAAUGGAAUUAUUGUAACUGGAUUCUCUAGUGUUCCUGCAUUAUUUACAUUUGGUAUUUAAAUCAACUUUAAAAAUCCAUCCUAUUCUUAGACUACUGAGAGUUUUAGAAUAGUAGCUUAUAGAAAGAAUACAAAAAUGGCUUAUUCUUGGAGAUCAGCUGUUGAUGGUCUAUACAUUUAACCUAGUCAAUUCAUUAACAUAACAAUAACACCAGGAUCCAAAAAAACAACUAUAAUUUCUGAUUAUAAACUUAAUUUUAAAAUAAAAAAUGCUGUACCCAAGACUGGUAGUAUAAUAGUCAAAUUGCCAUUGAAUUUUUAACUGGCUAAUGGAUAUGAUUACAUAUUUGUAACAUCUGGUAUUGUGAGUGAUACAUUAAAGAUAUCAUCAACUUUGUAUUAAUUUAUAAUUACAGAAUUUUAUGAAGUAUAAAUAAUUUAUAUAUUAGAUACCUUAAUAUAGUGAUAUUGAAAUAGUAUUCAGAGUAGUCAAUCCAUAAAUUGCUGGUUUGAGUCAAUCAUUUAUUGUUCAAACUACAUAUGAUAAAACGAAUAUCAUUGAAUAAUGCACUAAUUUAACUGUCAAUAUUAUAGAAGUAACUACAUAUACUCCAGUAACAGCUACACUUACUAGCCCAUAUGCAAAUUCUGCUACAAAUUUGUAAUUUACUAUCAAUAGUAUAAAAAAUGUAGCAAAUAAAAUUGUUAUUAAUUUUGGACCAUAAUGGUAAUAUUAGGUUACAACCCCUACAACUAAUUAAUGUUAAUUGGGAGGAACAUCAUCUUCACUUUGUGAACUUACUAAUUCCACUUUAACAAUGACCUUCCCUGUCACAAUUUCAGGAAUUAAAACAGUUGAUAUUAAUGGAAUUCUAAAGGCACCUCCAUAUGCAUUAAAUUAAUUUUUAAUUUAUGAUACUUUUGAUUCUUCUAAUGUAGAUAUUGAAUCUGGAAGUGUUAAAAUUAUAAUAAAUCCAAAAUUGGAUAGUGGAGCAUAAUUUAUUUGGUAUGGUCAAGGAGUAAAUAUAUAUUUAAAUAUUUAAGUUAUCUACAAGUACAGUGAAUUUAUAUGCAACCUUAUAAAUUAAGUUUACUCCUAGUGUGAAAAUUCCACCAAAUCUUAUUAUAGAAGAUGAGGGAGUAGAUGAAGGUACAACUGAUGAAGGUACUACAGAUGAAGGUGCUCCUGAUGAGGGUGCUCCAGAUGAGGGUGCUCCUGAUGAAGGUGCUCCUGAUGAAGGUACUACUGAUGAAGGUACUGAUAAUCCUUCACCUCCAACAUAUCCUACAUUAGAGCCACCUACUCCACAUGGUGAAAUUUGGAUUGAGUUUGGUCCUUUAUUAACUUGGGAUAAUGAUUUAGGAAUUUCUACUUUAUUUUGUUUGACUGAUCUAGUUCCUUUAGAAUAAUAUUCAAUUGAUUGUGAAAUUUAUUAAGGUAGUUCAAGUACUUUACCUGAAAUAAGAUUAAAGAAUUUUAAGGAAAUAAGCGAAAACACAGCAAUAAAUGUAAAAGUAACAGGAAUUUGUAAUCCAGAAUUAAGUCCAAUUAGUUUAACAAUAUUUAGUGGAAUUCGUCAAUAUAGCAAUAGGAUUAUUUAUGAUUAUGCUACAAUAUCAAUAACAAUGACUACCAUAGUACCUCUAACUGAAUUAACAUUGACUUCAAGUUUUUCAACAUCAGCAUAAGCAGUAAAUCAAUUAUUUAAUCUUGUUUUUUAACCAGGAUUUACAGGAGCAGUUCCAGUUGGAUCAGUAAUUAGAAUUUAAUUACCAGGAUAUGAAAAUGGAUUUCUGUAAGAUACAACUAAAUGUACUGUUGAUACUACUGAUAUGACAUGCAAUAAAUUUAGGAAAAUAGAUUGGGUAGAAAUACCAUUGACUUCAGGUGCAUCUACUACUAGUAUUAUAACAUUAUCUAAUUUGAAAUGGCCAACAACAUCAACAGCUUUUGGAUAUGUACAUUGGGUUGUAUUUACAUCAAAUAUGGAAACAUCAAAGGCUGUAGUUUAAGGAAGUGGAGCCACUUAUUUUCCAGCUCCAAAUGCAAAUGAUUUUAAUUCUGCUACAAUUACAUAAUAUUAAACUGGAAGAGGAUAUCCUGGAUAAAUAUUUAAGUUUGAAUUCAGUGUUAAUAAUGAUAUACCAGCAGGAGCAACAAUGAGAGUUUAAUUUCCAAAUGAAUUUGCUUUAAGAGCCAGUAAUCCAACUCCAACUUGUAAUGGAUUUGAUCCAGAUGAAAUAGAAUUAACUUAAAUUCCUGCUAAAACUAUAUUUUAAAUUAUAUGUUUGGGUAUUAAAACACCUACUAGUCCUCCUGAUAAUGAAAGUGAUGGAUGGUCAGCAUACAUUUAUAUUGAUGGAAGAAUGCUUAAUUAAAGAUAGAAUUUCUGUAUAAUUAUAUUUUAAUAAUUUUAGUUUCUUAUUUUUAUACAAAUGUAUUUUCAUAAGGAACUAUAAAUAUUUUAUAAUUGUUUGCAAUACCAUUAAAUAUAAAUGAGAUUGCAACAUAUACAAUUGAAUUUUAACCUGAAAAUAGUUUAUUGAUUGGAGCAGAAAUUCAUAUUACAUUUCCUAGUUCAAAUUUUGAUGAUCUACCAUAUCCUCCAAAUCUAGCAGAUUGUGAUGUUGAAGGAGGUGUUGAUUCAUUUCAAAGUUGUUUAUUAGAUGGAUCAUCAUUUAUAAUAGUGUUAAAUAAAAUGUAUGAAAGUGGUACUAUUAAAUUUAUGAUAAAUAAUAUAAGAAAUCCACCAGAUCUAAUAAGUGAUGGAUUUAUUAUUAAAUCCUAUUAUGAUGGAGUAUUGAUAGAUAGUACUGAUGAAAGUACAUUGCUUAAUCGUACAAUUACUUAUUAUAGUAAGCCUAAAUCAUUAGUGAUUAAUUAAAUGUCCUUUUAACCAUAAAAUCAAGGUGUUAGAGCAAAAUAUAAAUUUAAUAUAUCUACUGAAACUAGUGAUUCUGUUAAUGGUUCAAUUGUUAUCACUUUCCCUAAUACUUAUGAUAAGAGAUUAGGAGAUAAUUUGAAAGCAUUUGUGAAUACAAUUAAAACUGAUUUGAGUGUAAAUAAUAGAAUUCUCUCUCUUCCAGAAUCGUAAUAUUCAACAUAAUAUAAUUCUAUCUUAGUUGAGAUAUAAAAUGUAAUGAAUCCAAAUACAGAUGAGAAUUCUAAUACAGGAGAAUUUAGAGUUGGUAUAAGAUAAAGUGGAAGAUAUACACAUUAUAAUGGAAGUGUUGGUGUAUUAGAGAUGUUAACACCACCUGGUUGGUUGUAUCUUGUAAAUAUACAAUUAACCAAUUAAUAUUCAAGAUGGUAAUCUAAAUAUGUGUAUGAUAUGAUAUUAUACAACAAAAUACCAAUUAAUGGCUAUUUAGAAAUGGAUUUUCCAGAAGAUUAUGAAAUUUCUGAUUAAAAUGCUAUAUGUAGUUUUUCUAAAUGCACAUUCUCCAGUAAUAUUCUAAAAGCAUAUGCUGAUCAAAUAAAUGGGCCAUUACAAUUAAAUGUCUAUGUUGAAAAUCCAUUAUCAGAAGUUUCAAUUAAAUAAUUUGUUAUGCAAUCAAAAGAUGAUAGAUAAGUAAUAGAAUAAUCAUAUCCUAAUUUGGAUCCAUUUGAAUUUGAAUUUCAAUAUUCAGGACCAUUGAUCUAUAUUAAUAAUGAUUAAGACAUUAUAGUACCUCAAGGAUCUGAAUCUCCAGAUUUAUUAUUUUUAGUUGAAUAUCCAAUGGCAUUAAAUCUAACUUUUAAACAUACAUAAACUGGAGAUUUCUAAGUCACACCAAAAGAUAUUAUAUUCUCUUAUACUAAAAUGUCAACUACUUUUAGAGUUUAAAUUCCUUCAACUUUAUAAACUGGCAUAUAUUAUAUUUAUUGGAAGACAUAUGGUGAAAAGGAUAAUCCUAUUUACACUCCAAUAAAAAAAUCAAAAGUGAUUGUUAUUUCUUAAUCUCUUAAUUUUUAAGUUACUGCCUUAUAUCCUAUUCCAAAUGGAGGUAAUUCUCUUACUAUGACAAUAUCUACAAUAUAUGCUCCAUAUGAUACAACUAAUAUUACAAUUAAAAAUAAUGACAAUACUUUCUACUUUGUAGCCGGUUAAUAAUCAGGGUCAUCCAUUAAAUUAACAUUCUAACUAGGAAUUAAUUCAUAAACUUUUAGAGUUUAUUAAAAUUAUACUGAAUUAAUAAGAUAAACGUAAUUAGAUAUUUUAACAGAAGAUGAUCGUCUCAUCUUUUAUUCUAAUGAUAAUCCAUUAUAUACUAUACCAUCCUAAUAAAUAGUCAGAUAUAUAGAUGCCACUAAUCUCAAACCAAAGUUAUCUAAAUUUUCAGUUGAAGAUAUAAAAUAGUAUUCAGCUACUAUUGCAAUUGAAAUUAAUUAAAUCUCUGAAGCCUAUUAUAUGUAUUGUUUAAAUAGAACAACCAUACCUGAAAUAUCAGAAUUAUUAAGUUUAGGUCCUCCACUUUAUAUGUCAUCUUAAUCUAAAUAUGGAUAUUUAAAUAUAUUAGCUAAAUCAAGUAUAACUUUAGAUUUAUUUGCAUAAACUGAUUAUUCUUUCUAUCUUGUAUUGAAGAAUCAAGAAGGAAUUACAUCAGAUUUAUUUAGUCUUAAUUUCACUACCAAAAAUAGAAGUAAAAUUGCUUAAUUCAAUUGUUUUCUUCCUUUUUAAGCUAAUCAAGCCUAAAUUGUUACUAUAAUGAAUCAUAUAGCUUUUAUACUCAGUUUACCUAGUUGGAAGAUACAAUAAAAAAUUUAGUAUUAAACACCAACUAGACUUUUGGCUACAACUUCUUUAUAAUUGUAUAUCAUUCCAUUUAAUGAUACCGACACAUAUCCAGUACCAAAAGAUUUGAUAAGUAAAAUUACAUCAGAUGCAUAAUUUAAAAGAUUAAUGAAUAUGUACUUACCAUUUUUAUCCAUUUCUGCAAUCAAUUAAGCAAUAGCUGAAAUACCUACUAUAUAAUCAUCUACAUUAAGUAAUUCAUAUCUUUAUGAUUGUGAAAUCUAAGUCUAAUUAAGUAAUUAUGGUUAUAUCUUUGCUGUUGCAUCCUAAAGUGAAAUUUCAACUCCAUUUCAAAUAUUCAAAGGAUUAAAUAAUAUAAAUGUACAAAUUCCAUCUACUAAUAUUCAUAUUACAAACUUUACAAUUGUUAGUUCAUUUAAUUUAUCAAAUCUAGAACCAAAUUAAACAUAUUCAAUAUAUAUUAUAUCUGCAUCAGAUCUACCUGAAUAUCCAGAUCUCUCAGAUGCAGUUCAAACACUUUAAUGUACAACUAAAAAGUUAACAGAAAGAGCACCUCUUGAAAUAAUUUAUAAUUAAAUCUUAAUAGUGUGCUUGAUUAUAUAUUUCAUAUUUAUUUGA